GAAAAGACAUCCCGCUUAGACCACUCAGUGUAGUUUAUCGGAGCUUCAUGGGGUCUCCCCACAGGACACCGCUGAGCCGCCCUGCAGUCCCACCCCGCUUCUCAGCCCUCCAGGACCAAGGUUUCCUCACUUUCCAAGCUGCCCCUUUGCCAUGAUCCUGAAGAGUUUUCUUAGUGGUAAUGGCUGUCUCACCAUCCUCUCUGGUCUUGUGGGCCCUGCCCCUCCUCAUCCUCUUCCAGAUGUCCUCUAGGAGCUCAGCUCAUUUCACUGUGAAAGGACCGGAUGAGCCCAUGGUUGUCAUGGUCGGGGAAGAUGUUGAGUUACCCUGUCACCUGGACCCCCAGAUGAAGGCCGAACACAUGGAAGUGAGAUGGUUCAGGAACAUCAUCUCCAACGUGGUUCAUCUCUACCGUGAUGGAAAGGAUCUGGAUGAGGACCAAAUGCCACAGUAUUGGGGAAGAACAGAACUACUGACAGAUGACAUAAACGUCGGACGGGUGGUUUUAAGACUGUAUAAAGUCAGAAUCUCAGACGAUGGAGAAUUCCGGUGUUAUUUUCAUGAUGGUGGCUUCUAUGAGGAAGCUGUGAUUCUCCUGAGGGUAACAGCCGUGGGCUCUCAGCCUCAGAUCCGCAUGGCCGGGCAGGAAGGCGGCGGGAUCCGGCUCGUGUGCAGCUCCUCUGGUUGGUUCCCCAAGCCCCGGCUGCGGUGGACGGACCCCCGGGGUCAGGAGCGUCCCCUGAUGACGGAGUCACAGUCUCAGGAUGGAGCCGGCCUGUUCCGAACAGAAGGGUCUCUGGUGGUCGCGGACAGCUCAACCUCAGCCGUUUCCUGUUCUGUCCGGGACCCCAUCUUUGGCCGGGAGAAGGCGACAGAAGUUUCCAUAGCAGAGUCCUUUUUCCCGAGGGUUUCUCCUGUGCUGGUGGCUCUGGCUGUGAUCCUUCCCCUUCUGGUCCUUCUCCUCAUUGGAACUGCCUGCGUCAUCUGGGCCCAACGUCGGGAAAAAGCUAAACUGAAGAGGAUGAAUGUGGAACUCGAGAGCACCUGUAGUACCCUGAACAAGGAGAAUAAUAUACUGAGGAGUAGUUAUAAGAAACUGGAAAGAAACUUGGGGACACUGAGAACUGAGAAUAAUGCACUGAUCAGGAACAACAGUGCACUGAUCUGGAAGAAUAGAGAUGCGACUCGGGAUCCAGACAAGACCUAUCCCAGAAUGAACGGGGCGAAGGGCAGCAGAAUCAUGGAUGAUCGGUCACCUGGGGAAGACAACAGGAAUUAGGGCCCACCGUUGACACCUGCCGAUCCCAGGCAGAUGGAGAAUGGACGAGGCUGUAGCUGGGAUCGGCCGGACUGGGUCAGCGGAACUAAGGGAAAUGGCAUUAUUAUUGUUAAGCACUUAGUACAGUGCUCUGCACUCGGGAAGCCCUCAGUAAAUACGAUUGAAUGAAUGGCUACUGUGAUCACCUGGAGUCAUUCGUUCAUUGCCGUAUUUACUGAGCGCUUCUGUGUGCGGGGCGGGUGCACCUACUCCAGGUGCACAAUGUAGAAACUUUACUCUUUGCCGGGACCCUUAGGUCAAUGAGAGGCAGCAUGGUUUUGGAAAAAGAGUAUGUCUUCAAGUAAGGGUCGUAAGACCCUGGGUUACUUGGAUUCUGAAGUACCGUACGUGUGAGAUGAGAUGUUAGGAGCGUAAUACACACAACAUGGUUAUGCAAGCAUCUGGGAUGCAAGAGUGAUUUGUUAGAAUAAUUAUAGUCAGUCCAUAUGCAUAUAAUUAGGAGAAGGGGUCACAGAGAACCAGGAAUAAAGGAGGAAUAAUACCACUGUGGUGUCCUUCUGCCCUGAAGGGUCCGUGGGAUCUCAAGCGGACUUUCUGCUUUCACCCUGCUAAGUGCUUCUGUGUAAGGCCACAGAAUCGAAGUGUUCUGUAAACUGGGUGUUGGGCCUCUUAAGAUGUGUAGUCAGUAUUUAGGCGCAACCCUAAGGGUUAAGGGUUACACUUAACCCUAUAUUUUCCUCCUUGAGUACAAUGUUCAUUCAUUCAUUCAAUCAAUCGUAUUUAUGGAGCGCUUACUGUGUGCAGAGCAUGGUACUAAGAGAUUGGAAGACUAUAAAUAACAAUAAACAGACACAUUCCCUGCUCAGAACGAGCUUACAGUCGAUCUUCUUGCGGGAGGCUACAUACAGAACACUGGAUUGGGAGUCUGAAGACCUGGAUUCUAAUCCCGGCUCCACCUGCUCGCUGAACUUGGGCAAAUCACUUAUCUUCUCUGUGCCUCAGUUCCUCAUCUGUAA